AUGACGGAACUCCUAAACAAAUCAAGGGAAACUAUUGACACGUGGGCUAACAGCGCAUAUCUAAUAGCUGCCUUGGCAGCAGAAUCUCGUUUGGGUCUGCCGCAAAAUCCGGUUGCUGUGAGGGUGGGGGCUCCGUGGGCGAUCUAUGUCAUCAAAGUUGAUUGA